GAAAUUCCUGCCACAACUUAAACCAAAACUAAGAGAAGAUGAAACCACACAACUUGGCCAAGAUCACAAAGUAUAGACUUGUUUAUACCCAAGACAGCUCAAACAACAGAAAAAGAACUGAAUCUUAAUAUAUCCUAUGGCUGGAUCUGCACCAUCUUCUGCAGCUAAAUACAAUUUAACCCAAGAGCUUCACUACAAUUUUUCAAAAGAACAGGCUCUGCCACCAUGGAUUUUUAAAUGCACCAUGAGAUUUUAGGUCUCCAGAGAGCUUAAGAGGAUUUGGGACACAAUCUCUAGUUGAAAACAACAGAAAAAUAACAGGAUCCAAGAUACAGAUCUAAAUAUGGCGAUCCUGAGCCAGUUAUCAAUCAUUCACCUCCUCUGGGCUGCUAUGGUCUUUUGUCAGUAUGAAGACUAUGAUUUUGAGGACGAAUAUGAUCAGGAGCCAGAUCAUCAACGUCCAUAUUAUUUUAAUCCAAAUCCACAAGCUGAAGCUCCCCGCUUUCCUUUCCCAGUUGAGUGCGCCAGAGAAUGCUUCUGUCCACCAGCUUUUCCAUUAUCAAUGUACUGUGAUCAUCGUAACCUUAAGACAAUACCAAAUAUCCCUGCUCACGUCCAACAGCUUUAUCUGCAAAACAAUUAUAUUGAAGCUGUGCCUGCAGGACCAUUCACUAAUGUCACCUUUUUAAGAGAAAUUAACCUGAGUCACAACAAAAUUAAAUCUCAUAUGAUUGACCAUGGUGUUUUUGCCAAAUUUUCAAACUUAGUGCAACUUUAUUUACAACAUAAUGAAUUAGAAGAAUUUCCAUUCCCACUCCCCAGCUCUCUAGAGAGACUCCUCCUUGGUUUCAAUAAGAUUUCUCAGUUAUCUGGAAACGCAUUGGAAGGAUUACCUAACAUAACCAUGCUCGACCUUUGCAAUAACUUUCUUGACGACUCAGUGCUCAAAGGAAAACCCUUUUCAAACUUGAAAAAUUUAAUGCAGCUCAACUUGUGCAACAACAAAUUGCAGACUAUGCCGCCUGAUCUACCAUCAUCACUUAUGUAUCUCUCUCUUGAAAAUAACUCAAUUUCUUAUAUUCCAGAAAGCUAUUUCCACAGACUUCCAAAAAUCAUUGCUCUAAGAAUGUCCCACAAUAACCUGCAGAACAUUCCACGCAACACCUUUAACCUGCCUAACCUACUAGAACUUAAUCUUGGACACAACAAAUUGAAGCAAGUAUUCUAUAUUCCAAGAAGCUUGCAGCAUUUGUAUAUUGAAGACAACGACCUUGAAAUCAUAAAUGUUACUUUGAUGUGUCCAUCUUUUGACCCACUGAACAUCAACCAAUUAACCUAUAUACGAGUGGACCAAAAUAAGCUUACAAAUCCAAUAAGCACAUAUGCAUUCUUUUGCUUCCCUCACAUUCGAACCAUUUAUUAUGGUGAACAAAAUGCUAGUGUCAACAAGUCAACUCAGCUAAGAAUACCAGUGUUUCGACGAUUUUUGACACCAGAAGAAUUCGAUGAAGCAGAAGACGAUCAUGAAACACUCGAUCGUGAAACUGAAGAAGAUCAUGAAGGAGAAGACAACUACUUUCAUCCUUACUUUCAGUGAAGUGAUACUUGUUAAUGAGCAUAUAUGGAAACUUUUCCGUAGUUGUGGGGUAUGCAUAUCCAUUUUAGAACAGCUGCAUAGUUUGGGAUAUUUAAGAUACAUCUAUAAUGUGGAGAUAGGAUUUUAGUAUAUAGGUAAAUGUCCUAUUAUUAACGUAGUAAAAAUAGAAUACUAGGAGCAAAGAGCAAUCACCUAGGCAUUACAGCAGCCUGAUAUAUAACCUGGGUGGGCAGCCUAAGCUGAAGAAAACUGACAAAAAAGCUACGUUCUAAAGUGAUCCAACUUACAAAAUUACUAAAAUACAAAUCAAUGCCAUGCUCAAUAGGAACGAGUGGAUCAGACCAAACACCUGUCCAGGUGUACAUCUACUACUCACAGCAGUAGACAAUAGACACACUAGAGAAAAGAUUAAGAGGGUAAGAUAAUAAUACUUCCAUAAGGUUCCUCCAGAUGUUUCUUCUUUCAAUACAUAAUUGGACAAGAAAAUCACAAAGUCUGGGUUUCAAUCUGCCUCACAUUAUGUUUGCAGUGUCCUGCAAAGGUAUAUAUAAUAUUUACUUCUCAGCUUGUACUCCAACUACCACAACUCUUUCAAAGGAGAUUUUAACUGAUUAGUAAUACAGGCAAUAAAUAAUCUUUUGUCAAAGGUUUCAGGACGUAGGGAAGAGGAUUUGCAUUAAUACAACUAAACCAUUAGUAUUUACAUUUUAGCUAUGCUUUAGUCCAUAUUCUUCUAGAAGGCAGCUAAAAAUGUAAUAUUUUAUUAGCAUUGUUCAUGAAGUAGAACAGGUACAAACAGUAGCAUUCCAGGUUUUUUAAAUUAUUAGUUUAGUCUGUUCCUCUGCAUUGCUAAUACAAAUUAGCUAUAUUCUGAUUCAAAGUAUAACAAAAAUAGCUUUAAGUAAUCUGAAAAAAGUACUAUAUACUAUUAAGGUACUUAUGUACCUUAUAUACACAUAGACUUAAAUAUAAAUAUCUAUAACUUUAUAGUUUUAUUGAUAUAAACAUGCAGAAUAUUAACUUUAGGGAACCUUUGUAAGUUUUCAUCUAUUUCAGAUUUUAAGUAUAAGUGAAUAGUGCAGAAAAUGCAAAUCUAAAUUAAAACAGGCUUUUUUUGAAAGGCUUUCUCAGCUUUAAGAACAUUAUUCAAAUAUGGUACGAGCAUUAUAUCUUUUAUCAAUCUUUCUACUUUUUAAAAAAAAAACAUUUAUGAAGCAAAUCUUAGCUUCAAAGUGGAAUUCAAAAUAUUGACUUUGUAGGAACUAGUUACACAUUUCUUAAAAUUUAAAUAUAAGUCAAACUGAUAAUUAUUGAAAACUUUAGAGCUGUCUUAUUACACUAAAUUUACUCAGAUGGAACAUGAGGACUGUAUUACAGGCAGGACCACCAUAACUCACUUUUUAUUCAAUUAAUAUUAUCAUAUCUCAUCUGUGAUAAAUACUAUAUUAUUAUUUAAAAAGAUUUUACGGUGGUCAGGGAGCUAAAGACUUGCUAGCCUUGUGUCUGUAUUAGGGAAACAAGAAGUUUAAUAAAGUACAGAAUUAACAGAUAUCUAGAUAAACUCCAUUUCCCCUGGUAAUAUUUGGCACAGCUUCUGUAAAAGCCACAAUGUUUCUACCUUGCACAUCUCUUGGAGUUCUCUGAAGGAAUCGUGAAUGACGUGGAAGAGGAAGAUUCUGGUCCAAACAGCCUACAAAAGUUUCUUAAAGGUCUCUAAGAAAAUUAAGCGGCCAUAGAUUAAGCACAGGUGACAGCACAGACAAAAUCAAAUCAAAGAAAUAGCAUGAGAAUAAACAGUCGGAUCUUGGUGUGGUGGGAAGCCACUGGUGGCAGUUUUGCAAAGGGCCUGUGCUAGAACUUACUCAAUUUAAUAUACUUGCAAAAGCUAGACAAAUAGCGAGAAAAUAACACAGAUUGCAAAGCGCCAAUGAAGAAUGACUGCAAAAGGAUCUCAGGAUGCUAAAGAAGCCAAUGAAAUUCAAUAUUAUUAAAUGAAAAGUGAUAUCCAUGGAAAAUAUUGUAUCAGCUUCACAGAAAAACUAAUAAAACAUGACCUCACCACCA